ACUUCAAUAAUUGGUGUCGAUUAAUGUGUCAAAUGAGCUGUCCAACGCGUAAAACAACAAAACAAUUUUUUUGUGGGAAAACGUAAAGAUUUAUAAGAAAUGCUUUUAGAUUCGUAAAGUGUAAUUCGAAUAUAUUCAUCGUGAUUUAAUCUUGUUAUAUCAGUUUCUAAAAUGCCCCGUGUCAAAAGUUCACCGAAAAAAUGCAUCAAAACGAACGUACAAAAUCCAACAAACUCAUGGGUGUUUUUACUGAAAGGUGAAGCCUUGGAAUUAUCUGACCAAUACACCGGUACUGGAACUCCUGAUAUCGUAACUCUGAGGCAUCCAAAUACAGGGGAAUCGGCGAUAUUCCUAUUUUCGCCAGCUAACAAUUCGGUACAAGAGAUUCUUACAUUCAAUGAAGGUAAAAGAUCUUGGUUUAUUGAGGAGUCAGUCAAAAGUGAUGGUAAAAUGCAGCUUUCAACCCCAAUUGAUCCAAUAUUUCUAGUUCUUCCUUAUUUACGAAAGCACUGCAUUAAUCAAGCAAUACCCUUGGAUCAAUUACUGAGGGACGAAGAAUAUCCAGAAACUGAAAGACUUUUGAAAUCUAGUGGACUCAAGUAUUUGAACUUAAUUGCUGAUCGUAAGGGAGAUGAAGAACUUAAUGCAUUUAAGUAUAAUGAAGAGAAAACCUUGUCUUGGUUGAAGAAGAAGACUGAAAGGGUUGCAGACAUUCUAAAGCAGAAAAACAUAAAUGUUGGAGGCGGAGCCGUUUCAGCGACAUUUAUCAAAUCAAAAACCGAAUCUUUUGACAAUGAUGCAUAUCUGAAAUACGCCCAUGGAAUAGUUUCAGAAUAUUUAAUGGAAGAUUUGAGCUCAAAAUUAUUGAAAUAUUUAAAUCUUCCCGAAGAAAAUAAUUUGAAACGUAAAAGUACAAGUAAUCAAUCACAGCCAGAUGCAAAAAAACCUAAAAUUGAAGACGAGAACAAAAGUAGUACUUCCAAUGUUCUAGAUUUAAGUAAACCAGAACCUAAACCUAAAACAUCGCUGAGUUCUAAAGAUAAAGCUCGACUUAAAGCUGCUAGUAGUAGCAAAUCAAUAACUUCGUUCUUUAAAAAGUGCUGAAGUGCUAGAAGUCAAUUUUUUAGGUUAAUUUAAAUGAAAAUGCAUUAGAGUGAUUAUGCAGAUUGAAAAAUAUUAAACAUUUGAAUGAAUGGUGAAGCAUUUUCUAGAUUUUCUCAUUUAAAAAUAUUCUGUGAUUUAAAUCCCAUCUACACAUGAUGGUCUUAUUUAUUAUUUUUGUUUAACAUCGUCACAUAAUUUUUAUUGAAUGUCUCGUAUAAAAUACUUCUUACAAAUUUUCUGAGUAUGUUUAUCUUGGUUUUCAAACAGAGGUAUUAAUUACAAUCAACAAAUCUGAAUAAUGAAAUGCUAUAAAUCGAUAAUCUAAGUUUUUGUAUAGUUGACUUUAUCAAUUAAAAUCAAACUUAGGUUUUUUCAUCAAUGGUGUAGUCUUCAAAAGUUGCCAGUUAGAAAUACAGAACAUGUUUGAAAAUGUUCUGUAAAAAUGUUUACAUUUUCAUUAAAUUGGAGGAAUGUAUUUUUAGAUUAUUUUCCAACAACAGAAUUUUUCAGUAUAAGGGGGAAAUGAAUUGUUUUGCUCAAUUUUUUAUUUUAUCACAUUAUCACUUAUAAAGCCGUUCUUAAGUUUUAUUGUAUUUAUUAUUUGAAUAAUAUUUUAUAUAUACAAUUUA